UAUAAUGCUACCCUCAAGGAGUAUCUUACUAAUGUGGGGAAAAUAGACACAGAUGACACAGAUCCCUUGUCUAAUUGACCUACUUGGAUCCGGUCGAGUAGAAAAAGUAAGCUGGCGGGUGAUGUUCUUCGACGGCUGAAUUCUACAAGACUAUAACUCUACAAGUUGCGAUUGCUGGCCGUCUACCCUUACCGCUAAGGUUCAUUUCCAAGCUUUCCAAUAGCAUCGAUGGCGAUUACUCGUGUCCACAAGUCUCAAAGGACGGGCGUGAGGGCGUCAUUGGCGUGUGUGCAGUGUCGAAGCCAGCAUGCGAAAUGCGGUGCUGAGAUGCCCGCCUGUAGUCGCUGUCGACAGGAUGGGAAGCCUUGCUUCUAUGUUCAAUCUCGCCGCAGUGCCAAUGCUAAAGCAAGAUCUCCAUCUCUUCCGGUACCAGAUACCAGUGGCGAUAUCAUAUUCCCUACGCCGUUAGCAUCAGCGCAUGUCUUUCCCAUACAGGACAGCGAUUGUCUUCCAAUCGAAUACAGGGCAUUAUCUGCUGUAUCACCUAUGGAGGCAAUGAACGUUUCUUGUCCUCCGGAAAGUGAGCAUGCGGCCUGUCGCAGGUUCCUAGAUGCAUACUACAGUAACUUUCACAAUGCGCAUCCUUUCCUCACGUCAUACCGUCAUUUCUUGGAUUUCAACGACACUAAUGCCCAGUCUCUCAUAUGCCUUCUCCCAGUUGUGCAUUAUAUUGGAUCUCUCUAUGUGAAUGACGGAUCCUCAACAUGGCUGAAGCAGGCAGCUUUGAAGCAACUCGGUACCAUGGACCUCCCGAUAAGCAGCCUACCAUUGGAUGGUUAUACCACAUUGGCCUUCCUUCUUAUGGCCAUUGCAGCCUACGGACAAGAUGAUCGAGCUCAAGCGCGCUUGUUGUUGAACCGGGGCAUGCAGAUGGCAAUUGAUGUAGGGAUGAAUCGUCGCAGCUUUGCCUCCGCAGAACCGGAUCCUGUUUGGGCCGAAAGUUGGAGACGCACUUACUGGGGAUUAUAUAUCACCGAUGUGAUUAUUGCUGGUCUUUGGCAUGAGACCAAUAUCGGUUUCUGUGACAAGGAGUCUGACGUUGAUCUGCCGUCUGAUGACGUUGCGCUUGAGCAGCCUCGCACAAUCGAGCAAUACGAGAUUCGAGACUUCGAGGACAAAGUGCCAAUCUUCUCGUCUUUCACGUACCUGAUAGACCUGGUCAAGAUCGCCCACUCAGUGUUGCAUCUCUCUUCUCACCGAGAAGACCGUAAUACUGCUGUCACUAACGCAGACACAAUGCUUUUCGCAUGGAAGCUCCACCUGCCGGUUGAAAAGCAGUCUGUUGUCAAAGAGGACGGAAGGGUUGAUCAUAUCAUGUUUCAUGCUCAUAUCCUUUGGCAGAGUUUGGUCUUAACUAUCCACCAACCUCUUUCCCGCUUUAAUCGCAAUUAUAAUGCCAAUUAUGAGGACAACUCCUUGAUAUCCCCUAGUUCAUCUAGUGAUGAUUCGCUCUGGGAGGACCAAUCUGAACGGCUGCACACCCGGAGAACGCUUGAUGCUGUGACAGCAACCAUGAAUCUCUGCGCUCUUCCCAUUCCAAUCGUUCAACAGUCCCCCCUCACCGUCAAUUGCGUGGCCCUAUCGACCAUGGCAAGCAUGAUGGAAUACCAGUCGAUGCUUUCCUCCUCCCACCCCCCUACGCGGGACAAAGUGCGAUUAGGCAUAGCCAUCCUUAACCAAUUCGCGCAAGUCUGGGCCAUCGGGGUCAAUACCAGCAGCAGGAUGAAGAAGAUGGCCCGGGAGGUCUUUACGAUGGUCCGACCAGAUCAGCUUUCUGAGCCCGGUUUUGCCAUCGAUGUGGCGGCUUUCAUGGACCAGAACUUACUCUCUGCUGCAGAAGCCUGGCCGGACUUCCAUUCCGUGGGUAGCUAAAAGGAUGGUAUAGAAUAUAUGUAAUGAGGAAAUGCAUUUGUAUGAAUUUGUUAUAUUAUGCGAUAAAGUCUC